GGCUGAUCAGCUGAAUAUCACCGUAAUUGUUUGGCUUUCGAAUCGAAUUCCAUGUCUGCAGUUGAUGGAUCCCACGUUAUCGAGCUCAUGCUUGAGGCGGCCAUCAUCACAAAUCAAAUGUCGCCGCAACAGAAUUGUUUGUUGCCUCUAAAGAUAAUCGAGCGCUCUCUAAAGCCGUUCCUUUCCAAAAUCCACGCGGGUUACUUCAGGAUAAGCCUGUCGUUGUGUAGCCAGGCCUUGCUGUGGAGGACCCUGGGCGAGCCGGCUGCCGAUGCCCACAGUUUUAUCCGCCGUGUCUUCCAUGUAAUGCCCUCCACAGCAUUCACGCUGCUGUGGUCGUUGGCCUUGUUCACGUUGGCGCUACUGUCCCUCGCAUACGUCCUGAGGUGCCUAUUCCACUUCGAGAUGGUGAAGUCCGAGUUCUUGCACCACGUCGGCGUGAACUACUUGUUUGCGCCGUGGAUCUCGUGGCUCCUCCUCCUUCAAUCAUGCCCCUUCAUCGCCCAGAAAACCUCACCGUACCAUGUCCUUUGGUGGAUCCUGGUGGCACCGGUGGUGGCGCUUGACAUCAAGAUAUACGGGCAAUGGUUCACGAAGGGUAAGAGGUUCCUAUCGACCGUGGCGAACCCGACGUGUCAGCUGUCGGUGAUCGGGAACCUGGUGGGGGCGAGGGCGGCGGCCCAAAUGGGGUGGAGGGAGAGCGCGAUAUGCAUGUUCUCGCUAGGGAUGACGCACUAUCUGGUGAUCUUCGUCACGCUCUAUCAAAGGUUCGCAGGGAACAAGGGCCUGCCGGUGAUCCUUCGGCCGGUUUUCUUCCUCUUCAUCGCAACCCCGAGCAUGGCGAGCCUCGCUUGGGAUUCCAUCUCCGGGACCUUCGACGACUCGGCCAAGAUGCUCUUCUUCCUGUCACUCUUCCUCUUCGCGUCCCUGAUGACGAGGCCGAUGCUGUUCAAGAAGUCGAUGAGGAAGUACGACGUCGCGUGGUGGGCGUACUCGUUCCCGCUGACGGCGCUGGCCUUGGCGUCGGUGGAGUAUGCGCGGGAGGUGAAGGGCGGGUUCGCCCACGGGCUCAUGCUCGUCUUGUCCACGCUCUCCGUCCUCGUCUCUCUCUUGCUCAUGGUCCUCACCGCCGCCAACACGAACGUGCUCUUAUCAGCUAAGCCGCCGAACGACGACAUCUUCAGCACGAUGCCUUGACUUUUUUUUUUUUUUUCUAGAUGACGUCGUACGACUCGGAAUGUUGAUUGACCAUUAAUCUAGUUUGACAUUUUGUAAGGCUGCUGGGACAUUCAAUGUUGGGCCUGGGGUACAUAA